CUGCCUCGUGUCUUGAGUGUCUAUGAAAACGAGGAUGGUUAGCGUGGUGAAGCAAUAUAAAAACGCACAAUACACGCACCUCUGUAACUUAGAGAAAGACACCCACAAUCCCUCGGCUGUGCUCGACAUCAUCAACGUCCAGUAAUAUGUCACAGCUCAUUCCAAGCACCACACCCAUUCGAACUUUUGAAGAUCAUGAGAAGGGUAUAAACGCAUUCGCAGUGUUCCCCGAUAAACGACGGAUGAUGACUGGCUCGGAAGACAAGACACUUCGUCUUUGGGACUUGGAGACAGGUGUUGUAUUAAUGAAGAUGGAAGGCCAUAGCAGUGAGGUGCGGGCAUUGGCGAUAUCGCGAGAUGGUAAAAUCAUAGCAAGCGGUGAUGAAAAUGGAGAAGUCAUGGCCUGGCACGGUGAAACUGGCGAAUCCAUCGCCCAACCCAUCAAAGUCCGUUCCAGAGUCAUUAUCUCGGUGGCUUUUUCUCCGGAUGGUACGGUGAAGUUUUGGUGUACCAAAACGUGGCAGAUGCAAGGAGAACCAAUCGAGUGUGGUUAUGCCGAAAGCGUUCGAUAUUCGCCUUCUGGUGAACUUCUUGCCAUCGCAACAGGCUCCAAUAUCGAAAUUUAUAACCCACUGGGCAUUGCAAGGGAACGCAUUGCAUAUUUGAAAGGUCACACGGAAUCAUGGAACAUGUCACUCGCAUGGACGCCCGAUGGCACACACCUUCUUUCAGGAGGCAAAAAUUACGUAUUGGAGUGGGACACAUCAACAUGGCAACAAGUCGGUCAUCCGUAUGAAGGCCACACUGAUUAUAUCAACGCCAUUGCCAUUCAUCCCGCUGGCACCCUCGUCGCUGCUGCUUCUGAUGACAAGCAUGUCCGUCUCUGGCGGCUCUCAGAUCAACGAACCAUCGCCAUCUUCCAGCAUUCAUCUGCCGUGACAUGUGUCGCGUUCUCUGUGGACGGCAAGCACAUCCUCAGCGGAGGUUAUGAUAACAAGAUCUCAGAAUGGGCAAUCCUUGACAUCACAACAGCCCGCGAUGCAUGUCUGACUGGGGACUUGUCUAUCGCUGAAGAGCUCCUCACUCGUGAGACCCACACCAAUGUUAACGACUUUACUGCAUAUGCCAAUCGUUCGUUCGUUAUGGUCCGGAAGCACAACUUGGACAACGCCCUUGAGGAUGCAAUUAAGUCAAUCAAUAUUCGGCCAUCAUUGAUUGCCUUUAUUUCCAAAGGCAUCGCCCUCUGCGGAAAAGGUCACAUCCGGGAAGCAAGGAUAGCAUUCGAUGUUGCAUCGAUGUUCAUGAACCAAAAUUCAGAAACCACCCAAUUUCUUCUCUUGAUCAAGGCCAUCGCACUCUUCAACGCAGAUCAACACGAGGAAGCAAUGCUGCUCAUCGAAGACCUGGCUGCCGCUUGUCCGAGUGUCGAUCCUCUCGCGCGUCGUGUCGUGGAAACAUAUCUAUGUGUUCAACUCGGAAUCAGAGCUUUUGAUGGCGCGCAUCACGACGAGGCUGCCGAUCACUUCACUGCCGCUGUUAACUCAGAUGCUUUAUCAUCGAAAUACAUUCAUUUCCUAUACCAGGACUUGACCGUGCUCUUCGGCUGGGAUCUCGAGUCCUUGCUGUUCACUACACACCAGAAACGGUGCCAGGCAUUCCUUUCGGCAGGUAAACCAGAUCAAGCUCUCCACGCACACAAAUACAUGAUGGACGCCAUCGACGAGACUGCGACGACCAGCUGCCUCGAUUGGUCCAAUGGCGAGUUUUACGUGCUAUGUGCUGCCAACGGAGAUUCCGCCCUCGCUGCCAACGAUUAUGACAGGGCUAUUGACCUAUACUCGGCGAUAAUAAACUUGAAUUCUGCAUCUGAUGUUGUCUUCGCAAAGCGUAGCAAGGCAAAGUUGGGCAAAAUGCUAUGGAUGGAAGCGCUUCUUGACGCGCAGAAGGUCAUCGAACUCGACUCUUUGUCUUAUCUUGGAUACAACUUGAAGCACGCAGCGCUUCAUGGUGCGGAGCGCUAUGAUGAAGCGAUUGAAACCUUCCAAACAAUGCUCUCGAUAUUGGACAAUGCACCUGAUGUUCAAACACGAAAGCUGCACCAGCAAUAUCUCAGACCUUCUGAAGUAGAACGCGCCAUCCGACGGGUCAUUGAUGCCCGACUCGACAACGCUCCGCUGCGUGUACUUGACACCAACACCGGUCUCUUAUGCGAUCGAGAAAUGCAGAUAGGGGCCUUCAAAAUCAGCGCGCAGUAUAAGGAGCUCGUGUCAUCAACAAUCACGCAUGCAGACUUGCACAUCGAACACAUCGAAGAAGUGGUGAAGAGAUACCUGCUAUAUGCGAUGCUAUCACACAGGUGGGAAGGGAAGGAGCCGCUGCUGCAGGAUAUCCAGGGCAAGUGCGUGUACGACUCAGACUUGGACUCAGUUGGCGGCAUGACGAAGCUGCGGUCGUUCUGCAAAACUGCUCGUGAUGCGGGCUACAACUGGGCAUGGAGCGAUACAUGCUGCAUCGACAAGAGCAACAAUGUCGAAGUCCAGGAAUCGGUCAACUCCAUGUUCGUAUGGUAUCAUCAUUCCGCGCUCACGAUCGUCUACCUGUCUGAUGUUCCGCCUUCGUCAAAGUCUGGCAGACUGGCGAAGAGCGCUUGGAACACGCGCGGAUGGACGUUUCAGGAGUUCAUCGCUCCCAAUGUCAUUCUCUUUUAUCAGAACAACUGGACUCUUUAUCGCAAUGAUCGUUCUCCCAACCACAAGGAUUCCGUCGAAAUCAUGCAGGAGAUAAAGGACGCGACGGGAAUAGACCGACCAGCCGUUGUGGCCUUCUGUCCCAGUAUGCAUAACGCGCGAGAAAAACUUCAUUGGGCGUCAACCCGUGUUACCACGCGUCAGGAAGACAUCUCAUACUCAUUGUUUGGCGUCCUUGGCGUCCGCCUACCUGUAGAUUAUGGUGAGAAGCAGGACAAGGCUCUCGGGCGGCUCCUGCAGGAGAUCGUGGCUCGGUCGGGGGACAUCACUGGCCUCGAUUGGGUCGGAGAAUCAUCAGAGUUCAACAGCUGUCUACCAGCCUCCAUCACUUCGUACGAAGCUCCGCCAUGCCAGCUACCACCCCUGUCCGAGGAAGAAAUUCAGUCAUCGGUUUCUUCGCUGCGAAGGAUGGUGGCUACUGAUUUCGCUUCGAACAUUUACACCAUGCUUCGGAACACGAGCGCCCCUCGCUUCGCAGCACAGAGACUGCAUCUGCCGUGUCUUGCAUUCAAUGUCAGGAAAGUCAGACGAAUGCGUAGUCCAGCCCCGGAAACUCAUUUCACGUAUGAAGUGAAGGCAGACGAACUUCACGACUUGCUUAUCACCACUGGAGAGACCCUGGUUCAGUUCUGGCCGGCAAGGCCCACUGAGCGAAAAUUUGUCCUUGUCCGUCCCUGGGAUCGGUCUCUCCUGGAGCUAUCUGAAUUUGUAGACCCGUCUGACUAUGGAAAUGAUAUGGAGGGCGAGGAUGAUUAUGGAACGCCGCCUUCUCCGUCAGACGACUGGUCUGGUUGUUCUCCUGUAAAACAGGGGAUGUCUGACCUAGAAUUACGAGCAUUGCGGCUGCUUGUUCGCCUUGGGCAGCCUUUUAGCGCAUUUUUGCUGGCGCAGCAGCGCAGUGGAGAAUACAAGAGGAUUGCGACAGAUCAUGAUAUCAUUGGACAGGUCAAGGACGUGGUUUCCGUUGGAGACUCGAUGGACAUCAGGACCAUAGAGAUAUUGUAG